CGCAGGUGGCGAUGAUAAUGAACUUAUCAGGGGAAGUGAUAAGUGCGGCGAAGUGAGCGAGCGUGACCGGGAUGAGAUAGGCCGCGAGGAGUCCCCGGAUGAGUGCGCUGACGAAGGCGAAGGCGAAGAAGAGAGGCGAGGGAAUAACGAUGAGGUCUUGGAAAGUCUUUUGAUGUUGAGAAGUGCAAAUAGUGUUGAGUGCGAUGAGGAGUGGAGUGCUGUUGACUUAGUCGUGAGUGAAGCGAGAGGUGACCAAAGUUCUCAAGAAAAAGCGAUUAAAGUCAGUGUUAAAGUGAUUGAAGAGAAUUCUUCCGAAAGAGAAGCCAGUGCUGAUUUGAAAGCUGAAAAUCAUCCGCGCGCCGACUCGUCCGCUGAAGGCGAGGCCUGCGCGGACACUCACAAGACAGCCAUGAGCGACUCGAGUAACCGCGACUCCGGCACGAGUUACUUGAGCGAGGGCGAGGACAGCGACGACGACACCCUGGAGGGGCGGAAUAGCGACGGCGACGCCAUGAUGGUGAGCAGCACAGA